AAUCAAAAAGAAAAAAAAAAUUGAAUGUCAGAAGAGAAGAGAAGAGAUGAGAUGAGAGAGAUAGUUGAAUGAGAGCAAAGACGCUGUCAUCUUUACCAGCUGCGUCAUCAUCAACCCACACAAGACACUCUCUUCUCUUAUUUUUUACUUCUCCUUCCUUUCACCAUCUCUUUAUAUUUUCCCGAGAAAAAAAUCGAAAAAGCUUUCUCUAGGUUUUUCUUGAUUUGUCUAUUACACAUCUCUCUCUUGCAUCGCUUGCUUCAUCUGUUUGGUCUCCUUCUUACUUUUUCUAGUAAAGUAAAAGAGAGAGAGAGAGAGAGAGAGAUUCAGACAUGGGGUUAGGGUUUUGAGGUGAGAGACAGAGAGAGAGACACACACACAAGUAUGCGUGAGUUACAUCCUUUUUGAGUGACCCUGGAUUCUCCACCGCCUAACGACCGCCGUCGCCGCCGCCGUCUCGACGAAGAAGACGACGAGCUUCCUCAAUAUGCUCCUCAAACAAUGGCGGAAGACGACGAAGCUCACCGCUUCCUACACCCUCCACCACCGCCGUCUUCUUCGAUGAGACGCCGCGCUACGUCGGAGGCGGCGGCGAACGGCGGCUGCGGCGAGAUAGUCGAGGUGCAAGGAGGCCACAUUGUGCGGUCCACGGGAAGGAAAGACCGGCACAGCAAAGUCUGCACGGCGAAAGGACCACGCGACCGGCGCGUGAGGCUAUCGGCUCACACGGCGAUUCAGUUCUACGAUGUCCAAGACCGGCUCGGCUUCGACCGACCGAGCAAAGCCGUUGACUGGCUCAUCAAAAAGGCCAAGACCUCCAUCGACGAGCUCGCUCAGCUUCCGCCGUGGGAUCCCGCCGACGCAAUUCGCAACGCCGCCGCUAACGCUAAACCGAGAAGAACCGCCGCGAAAGCUCGAGCCUCUCCGUCUCCGCCGCCGCAACAGCAACCGCAACAGCUUCAGUUCGGUAGAUUCGGCGGAGUAGCGGAGAACGAGUCGAGCUUUCUUCCGCCGUCGAUGGACUCAGAUUCCAUUGCUGACACUAUAAAGUCGUUCUUCCCGGUGGUCGGCUCUUCGACGGAAGCUCCUCCGCCUCAUCAGCUUAUGCACAACUACCACCACCACCAUCAUCAUCCGCCGGAUUUGCUUUCAAGAACCAAUAGCCAAAACCAAGAUCUCCGUCUCUCGCUGCAACCGUUCCCGGAUGGUCCACCGUCUCUUCUCCACCACCACCACCACCCCGUCGCAGAGCCUGUUCUGUUCUACGGGCAGAGCAACCCACUAGGGUACGACGGAUCGACGGGUGGUUGGGAGCAACAGUCGAUUCAGAGACUGGUGGCUUGGAACAGCGGCGGAAACGAUACAGGAAACGGAGGAAGGGGGUUUGUGUUUGCUCCUCCUCCUAAUCAUCCUACUUCAACGACGUCGUUUCAGCCAGUACUCGGCCAAGGCCAGCUUUAUUCUCAGAGGGGUCCCCUUCAGUCCAGUUACAGUCCCAUGAUCCGUGCUUGGUUUGAUCCUACUCACCACCAUCAAUCCAUCUCCACUGACGAUCUCAACCACCACAACCACCAUAUGCCUCCGCCAAUUGCUUCAGGUGAAUUCUCUUCCGGUUUUCGUAUACCAGCACGGUUUCAGGGUCAAGAAGAGGAGCAGCACGACGGUCUCACCAACAAACCGUCCUCUGCUUCUCGCCAUUGAUAACAACAUCCUCUUGUUCCAGGGCUUGUCAAGCUUGUCGGGACAUGGAAGGUUGUUUUGUAAUUCAUUGGCUUGAAACAAGGCAAGGAAAGGAUGAAGGUGUAGAGAAAGAAGAACAAGUGUGGCACACAGUCUCAGGUUCUUCUUCUUCUUCUUCCAAUGUCCUGACCUUACCAAUUGUAAUGUUCAUCUCUUUUUUUUACCAGUUAGACAAUGUUUUGUAGCUCAGUUAUGGUUAGAUUCUAAGGCUCCUUCUUGUUGUGUUCCGUCUGAAAAUCUUUUUUUUUGUUGUGUGUUGUAUCAUUAUCUUCCUCUUGUUACUGCAGUAGCAUGAUACUUGAGAAAUUGCAGUUCCCUGUUUUUUGUUGUGUGUAACUCCAUCCAUGGAUAUGCUUUAAUAAAGUCUUGAACUUUCUCUUUA